UAGAUCAGCAAAAUAAUUCUAAUAAUAAAUCAAAUUCUCUGAAAAGUGCAAUAAAGUAAGAUUAUUAAUACAAAUACUCCGAUAUAGUCGGACGUAAAUUUUUAAAAGGAAUGAUUUUAUUUUUUUUAAUAUUACUCUUUGGAAUAUAUACCAAAAUAAAAUAAAAAGUUGACAAACAAAUCUUGUGGUCAUUUUAACAGUCGUGAAUUGGCAUGGACCAAGUAUUUCUCUUUUACAAUUAAAGUAGAUACUAAUAACAAAGAAAUUAAAAAUUACAAUUGGUAAAAUCUUCAAACUAACUGUCACUACGAAUAAAGAAUCAGUGAAAGUGGAAUAAUCAAGACUCUAGGAACAGACAAAAACUCAGCUGGUACACAAAGAAAGGACAACAAUACAACAUUUAGAAAAACUUCGUCAAACUAGCGCACUAUGGAUCCAAAAGAAAGAGAUGCCUUGGACAAGUGUUUUCACGAUUUUCGAAAAGACUUGAUUUUGAGCGGAACAUUCCUUCACUCUCUGUAUGUUGACAAGAUUAUUACUGAGGCACAUAUCCAGCAAAUUAACAGCAAGGACAGUGAAGAGGCGAAAGUGACCCUCCUUAUGUCAAUUCUUCCUCGCAGGGGUCCUAAUGCGUACAAAAUAUUCUUGGCCAUUCUCAAAAAAGACAAUGAUUGGCUUGCUGGAAAACUGGAGUUGGAAUUAUCAAAUCUGAAGAGUGAUAGACAAAGCUUUCCAAAAAGAGUUUCCGAGAUUAUCAAAUUGCAGCUCAAUCCACUCUUACAUGGUUCUAGGGAAGGUCCUACCUUCGAUGAGAAUUGUCCAGAUGAGGUUAUUAAGGUUCUAGAGAAGUCGUUGAGGACACUGGAUGUCAAAUGUCAAAAAGCUUUGAAUGAGCCAGUAGCCAAAAGCCAGAGAGUUCCUCUCCCUUUGAUGAUUAAAGGCAAGAUGAUCCAAAUAGAACACAAAAAGGUCCAACAACCACCGAUAGACAAUAACAACUCUAAGGAAACAGAGCACGAAAAGGUCCAAGCAACACCCAGAGACGAUGACAUCGCUAAGAAAGUGGACAUUCUUAAAACAAAAAACAGAGAACUUAAGAAAGAUGUGAAAGACCAGGCUAGACUCAAAACUGAGAACGAGAAACUCACAGAAAGAGUUAGGAAACUGCGGGGACAAACACAGGAGGCCAGUAAGAUGAAAAAAGAAAUAAUGAAACUCACAAACAAGCUGGAAAACACUGAGAGAGAGAAAGAAAAGCUGAAAGAGCAGGUUAACACGCUGAAGUUUUGGGGGAAUAAGCCAUGAUUCAAGGUUUUUAACUGAGUAUUUCCACUGCUUUUAUUAUAAUGCUUAUAAAUCAAGGACACCAAAGAGAACAUGUUUUUCAAUAUUUUAAUUUUUAUCACAUUAUCAUAGAUUAAGAUUUAAACACAUAGUGUCAAUUAAAAUGAACAUCAGUUAACAAAAAAUAAUGUUUAAAUUAUAUUUAUUUUUUUUAAAAAGAAAAACAAUAAUUUUGAAUGAUCUUACAACCUUUCGGAAUGAAGCAGUUUUCAAAUGAUUGAAAGUUUAUUGAUGUGUAAUAAAUUCAUAAGAAAUAGUUAAAUAUGAAGCCAGCUGGUGAAAUCAUUUUAGAUUUUUUCUAUAAAGUCUUUUGAACAAUUUAAAAGACAUGGUCAAUUUAAGAAAUGAAUUGUGUAAUUGAUGUGGUUAACAGGAUAUGUAUGCAGUUGGGCUGGUUGAAGUACGCAAGGAGUUCAGACUCCACACACUUUAACAAGCCCAACUGCGUUCAUAUCCCUUAUAAUCAUCAUUACAUUUACAUUUUGCACCAAUAGUUCAUUAUUCCUUUCAAGAAUUGUUAAUAAAAACCUUAAUUUCAUAUAAGAAAACCUUACAGUAGUUCUUUAUCACCCGUUCUGUAAAUAGAAUGACCCAACUAGUUGACACAUUUUAUUGCUACAAGAGCAAAUGAAGAUGGCAUGGAAAUGAUGUGUUAGUGAAAUAUUUCAACCAAAUAAUACAAUACAGCUGCAGAGCGAUGGACUCUAAUGGACAUUGGCAAUAAGAAAUAGGUUUGUAAGCUACAGACCAAAAAAUAAUCCCAAAAGAACUGUGAAACUUUUUAAUGUAAAAUUGAAACAUUAAUGACAACUAUAAAUCAUAAAUUAAAUUUCAUGAAUAAAUUGUAAAAUGUGCUGUUGCUGAAUCAAAUUCAUUGUUGUUGUUGCUGUUGUUAUUGUUAUCGUUGGAAGAAUUGUUUUAGAGUCUGAUUUCUUUCCUCUGAUAAUCAUUAAAACACUUUUUAAUUUACAGAAUUAUUGAAUCACAAAUGUUGAGUGAAAAUUUUAACAAAUAUUCAUUGCAACAUUGCGCAUAUAAAAACAGAACUUUUACAAUUAAAAAAUUGAAGUUAAAUAUUUGUUAGAAUAUACUGUUGCAAUUAAUGAAGCGUUAGUGAAAAAUAUACAACAAUUUUGUCAUAAUUAAAAAUAAUCCUAUCUUACAAUUUUGUAUGUUUUUGUAAAUAGUUCCAUUGCUAAUAAAACAUUUUCUUGA